AUGGAAGUUAAUAGCGGAUCAUCGACAUCCUUCUGGUUCGAUAAGUGGUCGCAGUUGGGAGUCUUGAUAAAUCUUACUGGAGAAAGAGGCUGUAUCAGACUUGGGAUUCCGAUCAACGCUACGGUGGAGAGAGUUGUGCACACCUAUCGCAGGCGUAGGCACAGAAGCUCUGUCUUAAUGCAAAUAGAGCAGGAGAUUCUGUCUCUUCAAGAGCAUGGUCUUGGACAGCAAGAUGAUAUAUGUCUCUGGAUGAGGGAGAAUGGAGAAUUCAGACCAGGUUUCAUGACUUCUCAAACAUGGAAUCUAACUAGAACACACGCUCCCCGCGUCCCAUGGUUCAAUGGGAUCUGGUUAAAGGAAGCUACUCCCAAGUGGUUGCGGUUCACAACAGCUACUGAAACGAGAGAUCACUUGUUCUUUGAGUGUGUAUUCUCUGAAGAAAUUUGGAGAGGUACGAUAAGUGGCCUGGCUGGGCAAGGAAUUACGGCAAACGUUGGUGCAAAGAUUGGUGACAGGUCUACAAGACCAAACAUUAACCUUCCUAUUCCGUUAUUGUUUCCAAGCGGUUGUCUAUGCCAUUUGGCAUGA